UUGUAACUUUGCGAGCAUAAAUUUCAUAAAAAUUAAUCAAAGUAGGCUAAAAAUUGUAUUUCUCCACAAGUCAACCCAAAACCUUCAGUCUCCCUAGUGGCUUCGUACAGCUAACAACUUCGAUUUCACACACGACUUUUUACAUUUCCUACUUUUUCGAAAGAUUUCACCAACAAAAUAUUUAACAACAAAACUUCGUCCCUAAAAACGGAACUAUAAGUAAAAUGACUACAUCCAAUACUCUAAAGCCAAAACCCGAUGCGUUCAUGACGAGCAUGCGAAACGCCAGAAGGAGGAGGAGGAUUCGCCGCCUGCUGGAGAACAAGCGGUCGGAAGAAAGAGAGGCCAAGAGAGACCAAAAGAAGAAGAAUUUGGUACUCCUCAUACUCGCUAUCGUCACAGUGGGCCGCCAGCUCCUAAGGCUUACCGACAACUCUUCCACGUUCUACGGAUUCCUGGAAAACUACAAAAACCAAUACCACUCGAUCGUGCACAACCAGGACAACUACUGCAAUCCCUCCCAGCGGCUGGGCGACAUGGUCCAGCACGCCCGCCACCAGGUACUCAACCAGGAGCAGGCAUUGGACCAACUAGAACUGGCACUGGACAGCAUCGCCAAAGAGACCAUCGUCUUGGUGGGCACUUCGGGCGUGGGCAAGAGCCACACUGCGCGCAUCUUGCGGGAAAACUUUCCCUGGUCCGAGAACAUGAAGACGCUUUCCUGGAGCGAUAGUCGUACAUUGCGCCAACUGAAGAGCAUGCUAUCCGACCUUACAAAUUGCGGCCAGAAUAUGAUCCUUAUUGACAACAUGACGCCGAAGGAUGCACAAUUCGUGCCUGCCAUCAACCAACUAAUAAAUAUGGCCAAAGAGAACGCCAACCAGACUGAGCAUUCGCACCAGAAACUCUUGACCCUUGUGCUCAUCUUUAACGUGAAUAGCAUGCAGUCCGGCAAGGCAUUAAACAUGGAUAUGGAGAACCUGCGAAAUAUGCCACACACCCAAGUGAUCACCUACGCAACACUGGAAUCCACUCAUCUGAUCGACUGCAUCCGCAGAGAAGCCGCCAACGCAAUGGUGCAACUGGAAGAUGAGCACGUAGAUGAGAUAAUCCGCAGUACCAAUGCUCGCGCCUCUGGUUGCAAGUCCAUUUUGGCCAAAGUCAUGCUCUACGGCAAACCAAUAAUCGCCAACUCUCAAGAAACUGACCAAGACCAUUCAACCGACUGAUUCAAGACUUAAAACAUUUUUAAUGUUUCCAUUUAGCAGUUAAAAAUUUUAGUAAUUUGGCUCAUAUCAAAGACAAUCCUGAAAACCAGACGUGAUACAUUGUAAAAUAGGUUAGAAAAGACUAUUAGGCUAGUAUCGGUAGAAUUUAGCAUUUCGGCAAUGAAAAUUCCUAUGCAUCGUAAACGUAUAUGAUCAACAAUUACUUUGCAAUCUUAUUAGAAACAAAAUUGUAAAUGAUUCUGAAAGUCCCAAAUUAUGACUAAUUGUUUGUAAAAAAGACCGAUUGUAUCAUAUAAGAACGAAUUUUAACCUCUAAUAUACUCUUUUAGGCUUA